AUGGAAAUCACAAAGAUUAAUGAUUAUAUUUUCAAAAUUUCUAAUCAAAAGAGACAAACAAAUGAGACUGAUGUUUCUUUCGAGUGGUUCAUCUUGAGAAUGGAUUAUUCGAGUGCAGAGACAGAUGGCUUGAUUUAUUUUGACUUUCUCGUGAGAAAUCAAACAUUCCUCAAAGUACACCUUCCUCACUAUCCGAAUGAGGCCUAUGAAAACUUGAGCUGGAGUGUGAAUAGAAUGAAAAGAUUAUCCUCAGCUCACAAUUACUUUGUUCUUGUCAAGAGUGAACAAACACCUUCCUAUAUUGAAAAGGUAAAUCAAUCAGAACCUGUGUUUGAAUUCUUGAAGGAUAAACUCACUAUUGGAGUUUGUGGAGGGUUUACUGGUGGUAAGACAGAGUUUGAUUUAAUGGAGGUGGGUUAUGCUCUCGAUGAAAAGUUUCAAUCUCAUGGUAUUGUUUCCAAUACUUUAAAAUUCAUUAUUGAGAAGGCCUUUAAAGAAGUUUCCUCCCUAAAUCUCAUCAAGCUCGUAUGUAAUGACUAUAAUGUGAAGAGUGCAGCUGUUGGAAAGAGACUGGGUUUUACAUUCAAUGAGGAAGAAUCUGAAAAGGCAAGUAAGGAAGAUAAUGUAGCUCUCCAUUGUUUCACAAUGACCAGAGAAGAAGCAACCAAACUCUUCCAAUUGUGA